UUUUAAUUAAAUUACAACUUUUGAUCAAAGAAAAAGGGCUAUCCAAAAAGCUGUCAAUUAAAUUUAAUUUUAGGUAAUUUAACCAAGAAUUCUAUUUCAAAUUCCUUGUAAUUUUACACUUUUAGUUAAUGAGUUCCUUUUCAAAUUACAUGCUUGGUCUAAUUACAAAUGUUCAUAUAUAUAUAUAUAUAUGUGUGUGUAAGUGUCAUAGUAUCAGUUAUAUUAACGCACUAGCAAAAUAACGUUGGGUCAGAAUUUUUUUAAAUUUAUAAAUUUUUAGACAGACUCCGUGAAAAAAGGUAUAAGUUACCAAUUUAGUAAAUUACAUCAAGAAAAUUUCAGGCUCUGGGUAAAAAAUUACCGCACAAAAGUCCCACUGUAACGCCAUGCGGUAAACCUUGUUGAAUAGUUGCCGAAACUAAAAUUUAAAUCGCUGCAAUAAUUUAGCUGCCUUAGGGCGAUGAAUGAGAUUGUACGUAAAAAAAAACGGUUCGAAUUUCGGACAAAAACCCAGUUUAUAAAACAUGGCUAAAAUUAACCUGGGUGUAGCUCGCUGAAAUGCAAAUUUAAUUGUUCAGUUUUACAACAGGUGGUAUAUAAGAGUGAAAAUAUCUGCUGGCCCAGUUAUUAUACAACUGUGGGCAGAAAUGUAUGUUAAGUUUACAGUGUUAUGUGUUUUAAUUGGAAGUUUACUGCAGACCGCGUAUGCUCUUUGCCGCCACAAUACUCAAUGCACCCGAACCCAUGAUCUGAUACAACAGUCAUACCGAACAGUUACACCAUAUGAGCGUAGGUUUAACUAUGGAAGGUCAUGGUAUAUUCAACCUGCACUUGAAAGACCAAAACAUAUUUUCUUAAGAUUUUCGAAUUACCAUGCAAGUCCAGGAGCUGGAGUUACAAUCACGAGUUUUCAUAAAAAUCGUCCAAAUUCAGUAGAACGCUUGCGAAGAAACCAGCGCAGAUUUACGCUCGUUAAAUCUGAUGUUACUAAAGUUGUGGUUUUUGUAUCUUUUAUUCCACGCAGGAGAGUGGACUUCAACUUACUUUAUUAUGCAUACGCGGUGCCGGGCACAGAAUCCCGACAAGCUACAACAACAACUACAACAGCAACAACAAGAAGAUACUACAUUCCCACAACACCGUAUAUACCUCCACAACAAGACCUCCAACAACAUUUAUCGUAACAACAACGGAACCAACAACA